CGGACCGGUUCACGUGUGAUCGAGUCCACACGUUGAAGUCUCCCGUGUGAACAUUAUUUUAUCGUUUUCGAUUUUUUUACAAGGUUUUUUUUUUGUUCAAAAAUAUAUUUUCCCAUUACGUUUGUUUGUUCGUCCCGACCGAAAUAGCUCGAAUAGCACCGGCAAUGUGAGGCGCCCGCCAAAAUCUGCAGUGCGCAUCAUCAUCAAUCUGUAUCACAUCGUGUUUACGACCGUUUACCGAAUUUAUAAUAUUACAGUGUUAAAAGUCGUACCGAAAUCAAGUUUCGUCUUGUGCGUUUAAUUUUGCAUAUUUCGCACUGUCAUCGCACCGUCCACAUGGAUUUUCAGGCGAAUUCGUCAAACAUGUUCACCAGGUUCGACGCGACCAAAUCUACCAAAGGAGCGAGUAAACUCCGGAGGGACCUGAUAAACGCGGAAAUCGCCAACCUCCGGGAUCUGUUACCACUUCCGCCGUCCACCCGGCAACGGCUGUCUCAACUGCAGCUGAUGGCCCUGGUGUGCGUGUACGUCCGGAAAGCCAACUACUUCCAGCAAGCUUUCAAACGUCACGAGUGCCUGCACCACCAUUGCCUGCCGACGCCCGGAUACGGUUUUUCUAAGGCGCUAAGCGGGUUUUUGAUGAUGAUGACCCAAAACGGCAAACUGUUGUACAUAUCGGAUAACGCUGCCGAGUACUUGGGCCACUCCAUGGAGGAUCUCCUCAUACACGGCGACAGCGUGUACGACAUGAUCGACAAACAAGACCACCAAGCCGUUCAGACAGAACUGUCGAGGAAUCAAACGUCUGCGGAGGACCAGGGUUGCAAGCGGAUGUUCUUGUGCCGGAUGAACGUUUCCAGGAACGCCAGAAGACAAAUGAGAUUCGGUGACCAAAAGGUGGUUCUUGUGCAGGGUCAUUACCUCUCCUAUCUGCCACUGUGCAGCAGAAACGAACCAGUUUUUCUAGCCACUUGCAGUCCGGUGGCGAUGCCAGAGACCAGGGAAGCCGUGGUCCAAGGUUCCACAACAGUGUUUACGGCGAUCCACUCAAUGGAUAUGAAGUUCAUACACGUAGACAAAAUAGGAGAAUUUCACUUGGGGUUUUCCCGCGUAGAGCUUCAAGGUGUUUCGUGGUACCAACUGCUACACUGGGAGUGCAUGCGAGAGGCCCAGAGUAAACACAGGCUGAUUACACAAUCGGAACAAGACCGUUCUUGCAUACUGUUGGCCAGGGUACAGAAAAGGGCCACAGGGGACUGGCUUUGGAUACACUGCGUGUUGCAGGUCAAAGACAACAUGGAAAACAGCCAACAGCCAGUCAUCGUCAGCACAAAUCAAGUACUUACGGACCAAGAAGCGGCCGUGAUGAGAGCCAACAGUUGGCUUUACCACUACUACAUGGUGCAGAGUAAACUUCAGUACGGUAUGCAGUUCGAAGCACAAACUUCCCCCCGAGUGCCGUCCGUCGGCCCCCCUGUGGCAGCGACCACGGCGAGCACUUCUUCGGACAUCGCUUACGCUUACCAGCAGUCGCCGGCGCAGCACAGGUCGCAACAGCUACAGCACGUACAGGACACUUCGCAAUACCCGACGGAGCAGCAGCAACCGCAGCACUUCCACCAAAUGCCCGACGGGUACUUCCGGUAUGCCGCUGGCCGGCACAAGCUGGAACCGGAACCCGUCGACUAUUCGCUCCAUUCGCCGGAUCAAACGCCGCCGCCGUUGACGAUGAAAACGGAGGAGUCCGCCGACUCACCGGUGUCACCGAUGGGCGCCGAGACGGGCGGGUGCACGGCCACCGCGUUGGCUCUGCCGUCGGCCACGUCUCUGGGCCGGUCCCGGGCGCUCGUCAAGGCCGCCAUGGACCCGGGCGAUAUGAUGAUGGACACGUGGAAUCCCAGCCCGCCGUGGUCGGACUGCUGUUCGGGCACCCAAAAAGUACCGGACGUGGACAUGCUCGGGAGUGGAGGCGGCUACUGCGGUCAGCCGACUCCUCCGACGCCCGGCAGCGGUGGUUCGUACCACAUGCCGGCCACCCACCAACACACCCCGGCCACGGCGUCGCAGCCGGCCACGUUCACGUUCGACUGGCCUGGCGAACAGUACGUGCCUAACGUACAUGAAGUUCUUGUCGAGCCGCCACCACCACACUACAUCGUGCCGUUCCCACCGUGGCCGCAGACGACCGAUCACCACAGGUUGUUCCCGUUACAACCGCCGCCGCCUGGAUCCUUAAACCGUCCAUCGCUCAUCGUCCGACUCGACCAAGACGCCACUGCCGAUACGUCGAUUCAAGACCGUCGGGAAAGUGAUAUGUGAGCUUCGUCGUUUCUCAUCUCAAUCAUACAUACAAUGUAAGAAGUGCAAUUUUCCAGGAAUCCAAAGCGAAAAAUAUGUAAAUAAUAGUUUUUUUUUUUAAUAGAUAACUAAAAUUCAUAUAAUCGGACCAUUUGAAAUUAAUUAAUAAUCAUAAUGUUAUAGUGUAUUCACUCUGAACCGUUGACCAUUUUUUAUGUGUUAAUAUUAUUUUUAUAAUCUUUAAGUAGGUUAAAGUUAAGUACCCCAUACACUCGAAUAUGCUUAUUAUGUUAAGAAAUCGUUUUAGUAUAAUUUUAUAACCACCAAGCUACGCCUGUGAUCUCUGUUUUAGACGAUUUUUUUUAUAUAGGAAUAGCCUUACGUUGUAAAAUAUUUUUUUUUAAGUUUUCUAUUAUUUUAUUAUAUAGCACACUAUAAUAUAUGUAACGGAUUUCAGUCUAUUAUUCUUGUUUUUAUUUGUAUUAUUUUAGUUAUUAUUUAAUUUGUUGGUUUUUAGUUCUUUAUUAGAAUAAUUCGAUGUACAUAAUAUAUUUAAUACAUUUAUCUUUUUUUUUUAUUA